AUGCCAAAGGAGGAGACGUUGCCGACGCGCAAAAAGAUGCGUAAGGGUACGCAUAGCUGCUUCGAAUGUCGUCGCCGCAAGAUCAGGUGCAUCUUUCAGCCCGACAAUCCCGAUGUGUGCUCCGAGUGCUUUGCGCGCGGCAGCAGAUGCAUCGAUCAGGAACAUGCCAAUCCAGAUGUUAUUGUCGACCACCGAAAGAACCUUCGUGAGAGGGUCUCGCGUCUAGAGGCUUUGGUUGACUCUUUGCUCGAAGAAAAGACUGUCAAAUCGGAAAGCCGGAGUCAAAGUGUAGCCGACACAUCCUCACCAAAAGCGCCAAAUGUCUACAACAAAGACACUUUACCACCAACACCACUUUCUUCUGAAUCGCCAUCCAACACGCUCAAAUUUACACAAAACCAACGCGCUAAAUCGAAACAAGGCCAUCACAUACCGAUUCUUUCUGUUUUCGAGGAUGCGCUCAACAACGACGCUGAGGCACAUGCAAAAGCCCACUGCGAUUCCCUACAGCAAUCCUCAACGCCCAAGCCCGAACAGGCAGAGGAUGAGCGAUACACUUUAGAGAAUCACCACGACGAAGACAUUGUCGAUAGCAACCCAUUUAUGAACUCUGCCAAGCGAGAAAGAACUAAACAAGCACUUAUCGCCGUGCUGCCUCCUUUUGACCAAUUGUCCAAGAUCCUUCACACCCACAGUGACUGGUGGGAUAUUUGGCGCCGCAAGUGUAUGAGAUCGUAUGGGACUGAGCAGACGCUGGCUCAGUUUGCUGCGCAGGCUUUGGCUACCGGAAACGUCGGAGCAAUUGCCACUGUCGUUUUGUCAGUUGGAAUCUGUUCACAAGACACUGACCAAGUGUCACGCUAUUUUGAAGCUGUUGAUAGGUGGUUCCUGUGCGAUGACGAAUAUGCUGCCAGUCUCGAGGGGUUGGAGUGUUUUGUCAUGAAGUCCAAGUGGUACGCUGAUGUAGGCCAGCCACGGCGAGCUUGGAUUGCGUACCGCAAGGGCCUGAUGUAUGCACAACUUAUGGGCCUCCACCGCAAACGUACUGGCUCUGUGGCACACGAAAGCUUGUGGUGGGCCCUGUACCAUGGCGACCGCUUCUUGUCUCUUCUUCUUGGUCUACCAUAUGGUAUCAACGACGCGCACUGCGACUUAGCCAUGUCCGACAUGGGAGAGUCCAAAUAUACGCACCCCAUGGUCUGCAUGGCCAAACUUUCACAGCUUGCAGGCAAAGUUAUCGAUCGCAACCAAGGCAUGGCCGAGCAGUCUUUUGCAUGGGCGCUACAACUCGACCAAGAGCUAGACGAUUUGUGGAAGAAGUUUGAUCCAGCUUGGCUUGACUUCACUCCGCUUCUUGCCGACAUAAGGUCCAACGCCGUAGAAUUACGAGAGCGGAUCAUGGGCCAAAUAGUGUUCCAUCAGAUCCGUGUAUACCUCCAUCUGCCAUUUAUGCUCAAGGCGGCAUCGAAUUCGCGCUUCUCCUACUCGCGCACAGUCACCUUGAACGGCUCACGAGAAGUUCUACGCCUCUACCAGGUGUUGCGAACUGGUGGGGUAACGCCAAUCUACGAGUGCAAGGCCAUUGACUUUCUCGGAUUCACCUCCGCAGUCCUUAUGCUGAUUGGCCUGCACAACGGCACGCCCGCGCAGUCGGCAGCCUCGAGCUCCAACGCCAAAACGACUGAAGAAGACGUGCGCAUGAUUGAAGGCUGUAUUGACAUCUUCCGCCGCGCUUCAAGCGAAAAGGGAGGCAAUGUUGCCGCGCAAUCCGCAGAGGUCCUGGAGAAGAUGAUGGCCAAGUUCAAGGGCACAAGCACCGACGCAGACGACUUGUGCAACGCACCUUCAAGUUUCGUCAUCCCUUACUUUGGCACCGUCUCCAUCAAGCGAGGCGGCCAGCUAGUAAAACCUCCAACACCUGCCGGUCGCUCGCCCGCCACAGUCAGCUCUCGAUCGCCCAGCGCAUCGCACCAGCUCUUCACUCCCCCCUCAGGCAGACACUCAUCCGCCGCCUCAGACAUCUUCUCCCAGCCCUCCAAAUCCCUCAACGUCACCCCCAAGACCUCCAUGUCCACCGCCACAGGCGCCACGGGCUUCAACCUCGACCCCUCCCCUUUCGUCUCCUACGACGGCUUUUACAACUGGAACAACCUCAACGCCGACGACGGUUCCACAACGGGCACUUCGGUCCUCGACUCCCAGAUGCACAAUGAGGGCAUGAAUAGCUUCUCGCUCCCCACUAAUAACUUCUCCUGGCAGAAUAUGCCCAUGGAUAUCGAUCAGGAUUGGUCGUGGUUUCUCAACGAUGCCCAGACGACGCAGGGUAUAGCUACGGCUACGCCUGCUCAGCCCGUCCCGCUUGAUGCGUUCAAUGCCCAGGGCUUCACCGGCUUUGGUUGA